UAGAAAGUGAUUAAACAAGGCCCGAGUUUUCUGUCAGGCUCAGUAGAGCCGAAGACAUUGAAAGGAAACAUCCCCCGACUGAGUCGUUUAUCGUUAAUAGUGAUGGAUAUAAUUGUCAACGCGUGUUAUUAUAAUAUAUUCUUUUUAUUAUUAUUCUUUAGACUGUUAGACGGUCAUUCGACUUUAAUUAUAGGUCAAGAUGUGCAAUGCGAAAAAGAAGGGGAAGAAGUUAAAGUUAAAAGUAUUUCUGAUAAUCCUUGCUUUACUUGCAAGUGUCAAAAAGGAGUCGUCGUAUGCGAACAGCAAAUAUGUCCCUAUGCCAAGGGGUGCUACUUUUUAGCAUUUGGAGAGAGCCGGUCCUGUUGCGACGUUUGUUUAAGUUGUAACCACGAAGGCGUAUCUCACAAUAGUGGAUCGGAGUGGAUAAGUUCGAAAAAUUCGUGUUUAACUUAUUCGUGUCAGUCUGGUAUCAUAACUGAAUCUACCAUACAUUGUCAAACAUCGUGUCGUCACCCCAUUCCUCCAGAACCUAACGAAUGUUGCCCGAGAUGCCAGGGUUGUCAAAUUAAUGGAAUAAAUUACACAGACGGUCAAACAGUUCCUUCUGAUUCUUCAGAUCCUUGUCUUACAUGUAGCUGUCAGAAAGGAAAUGUUGUUUGUAAGAAAAAGGCCUGUCCAGUUUUGCCUUGUCCGCAGACCAAGUUCGUCCAUAAACCUAACUCUUGUUGUCCGGAAUGCCGAGGCGCUCGAAAGAUUUCCGAUUUUAAAGAUAAAUGUUUAAUCGGUUUGGACAUCCAUAAAAAUGGAGACUCUUUCGUUUAUGAUCAAUGUACUCAGUGUUCCUGUAAUACGUCGACGACUUUUUGUAAGCGUCAAGUAUGUCCACCAUUGGAAUGUCCUCCUUCUUAUCAGAUAAAAGAACCGGAGCAAUGUUGUCCCUAUUGUCAACGCCCGGAAGAGAGAAAGACCGUUUGUAGGUCAGGUGGUCAAAUAUAUCAGAACGGACAACACUGGCAAAAUGGUUGUUCUAACUGUUACUGCCUUCAAGGGAAAGUCAGAUGUUCUGUUGAGUUUUGUAAAACUUCUAAUAAAUGUCCCGCUGGCCAGAAAUUAGUCCAUUUACCUAAAAAAUGUUGUCCAGUUUGCGUCGAAGACGAUGGUGUAUGUACGGUGUUCGGAGAUCCGCAUUACAGAACAUUCGAUGGGAGGACAUUUAAUUUUCAAGGAACGUGCAAAUAUACUUUGAUCAACGAUUGUGCUCAUAAAAGAUUUACAGUUCAAGUAGCGAACGAAGCCAGAUAUUCUAAGAUGUUUUCGUGGACAAAAUCUAUAAUUUUGAAGAUAGACGAUACUAAAUUAGUAUUGGGACAAUAUAGAAAUAUCAAAAUUGGAAAGAAGCGUGUCAGACUCCCUUAUAUUAAGCUAGGAACUUUAUCGGUUGUAGAACAAAAUUAUACAGUUACCGUCAGAACUAAUUUAGGAAUUCGUUUAAAUUGGGAUGGAAAUAGUUAUUUAGAAGUGUUCGUGCCUUCUCACUUUAAAAAUCAGUUGUGCGGAUUGUGUGGUAAUUAUAACGAUAAUCCGGAAGAUGAUUUCACUACGAAGAAAGGAAAACUGGUUUCUAGCCCGGAAGUUUUUGGAAAUUCGUGGGCGGUCGGUCGAGGAAAGAAAUGCUUAAUAUCGAAAUCUCUGCAGACCACGCAUGCCGCUUGUGAAAGUAACUUAAACACAAAGGUUAAAGCCAUUUACGAAUGCAACGUUUUAAAAUCAGAUCUGUUCCGUCCCUGCCAUAGUACAGUGAAUGCCAUGCCUUACUAUAGAUCGUGUGUGAUGGACAUGUGCGAAUGCCCGAUUGGCAGGAAGUGCCAUUGCGAGUCACUUUUCGCCUACGCUCAGCAUUGUAAACGAUUAGGAAUACAGUUAAAUUGGAGAAAGGAUUCUGGAUGCGAAGGAAGCCAUUGUCCAAAAGGAUCGGUGUAUAGAAGUUGUGUUUAUCCGUGUCGUAAAACCUGCAAAAACUAUCAACGAGCAAAGCCAUGCCGAAGAAAAUGUAGACCAGGUUGCGAAUGUGCAGAGGGUACAGUAUGGUAUAGAAAUAAAUGUAUUCCAACACAGCUGUGUCCAGUAUAACUAAAAGAAAAGAAUUUCCGUUUCAUUUCAUUUACCAGCAGGUCUGGUAUUUCAAUUUAUUUUAUAAGCAAUGUUUAUUUCAUCUGUUUUCUUUGGUGAGAAGUUCCUUUAUAUUGAGCGUGCCUGUGCCUUUAUUUUAUAAACUACUGCGAUAAAAAGGCUCUAAAUAAUGAAUUUUUAUUGAAAAAAAGGGCUGGUUCCUUCGAUUAAAAAGGAGAGACGAGAAGUACAAAAUGUAAAUUGUGAUAACCGAAGAGAUUCGUUAGAUUUUUGACAGAAAUGAACCUUAUUUGGUAUUAACACGCACACGAAAUGUUAAUAUAUAUUACUAUUCACAGUUAUGACGACUGAUAAGGCUUGAAUGAUGGUUCCAAGGUAUGAAGAUACCCAAGUAAAUUGCUUUUACUACAAAGUUGAAAUGAAUUAAUUCAUUAUAUUCAUAUGUAAGUAUAUUUCAAAAACAAUAAAAUUGCCAAAAUUUCAAUUUAUUAAAAAUAUGUUAAAAUUAGUUUUUUGAAACAUUCUGUGUAUAAGUUCCUUGUAUAUUACAUAUGUUACUAAAAAAAAUAUAUAUAUAUAAGCAAAUUAGCAAAGCAGACUUUGACAAAAAAAAAUAAUAAUAAUGUUUAAAUUGUUAUUGUGCUCAAAAUAAACAUUUUUCUAUAUUAUUAAUUAAUAAAUUAAUUAUUAAGUUACAUAUAUUUAUUCUUUUCUUUGUCUGCUAUAAAACAUACGCACGCAAUAUUUAGUACAGUACUUAAAUUAUGUCGAACAAUAUAAACUUCUAUUUAUUGCGCUGUUAAUGAUCGAAAGUGAAUGGGGGAAGAGAAAUUAAAAUCAAAAUUUAAAAAAAAAACACUCAACAGUAUUAAAAAU